UAUUCUAAUGGCUAUGCACUACUUAAGGGUGACGUUAUUAGCCUUUACAUUGGCUUUGUCCUCAAUUGUUGAAGGGCGUUUUACAAGUGAAAUGCUAAAUUAUCCUUCUGAUGGAGGAACUAAAUGGGCAGUCUUAAUUGCUGGCUCUCUUGGUUAUGAAAAUUAUAGGCACCAGGCCGAUAUUUGUCAUGCAUAUCAAAUAAUGAGAAAAGGUGGAAUGAAAGAAGAAAACAUAAUUGUUUUCAUGUAUGAUGAUAUUGCAUAUAAUGAAGAUAACCCUAAACCAGGUGCUAUCAUCAAUCGUCCAGGAGGUGAAAAUGUUUAUCCACAUGUUCCCAAGGACUAUACGGGGAAGAAUGUGACUACUAACAAUGUGUUUGCCGUAUUACUUGGUAAUAAAAAGGCCCUUAUAGGAGGUAGUGGUAAGGUUUUGAAAAGUGGUCCAAAAGAUCAUGUUUUCUUAUAUUAUGCUGACCAUGGAGGCCCUGGGCUGCUUGCAAUGCCGAAUUCAGAUGAAGAUAUAUACGCCAAGGACUUGAUACAGGUUUUGAAGAGCAUGCAUGCUGCCAAGUCCUACAAAACUAUGGCAAUUUAUGUAGAGGCUUGUGAAUCUGGAAGCAUGUUUGAUGGUCUUUUGCCAAAAGAUCUGAAUAUUUAUGUGACAACUGCAUCAAACCCUAAAGAGAACAGUUAUGCGUGCUAUUGUGGUGGAGACCCUGGUGUGCCUCCUGAGUAUAACAAUACUUGUUUGGGUGAUUUAUAUAGUAUCUCUUGGUUGGAAGAUAGUGACAAAAAAGAUCCAAGAAAGGAAACUUUGGAACAACAAUAUACUGCGGUGAAAAAGAGAACAAAUAUGUCUCAUGUAAUGCAAUAUGGUGAUGUUAAAUUAAGUACAGAAUUCCUGUCUGUUUACUUCAUUUCCAACACCUCCAAGCAUAACCAAACUUAUCCUCCACCAAACCAAUCCGAGCCAAUCAUUCCACAUGCAAUUGAACAACGCGAAGCUGAUCUUAUUUACUUCAAAGAAAUGGUUCGAAGAGCUCCUGUGGGGUCCACGAAGAGAAUAGAGGCUGAAAAACGUUUAGACGAAGUGAUAUCCCAACGUAAACAUGUAGAUGAAAGUGUGCAAGCCAUAGCGAAUGUUUUAUUUGAAGAUGUAGACGCUGCUCAUUCUUAUCUUACAAUGGUUAGGCCUGCUGGUCAACCUCUUGUUGAUGAUUGGGAUUGCCUCAAAACAAUGGUCAAAAUAUAUGAAGCACAUUGUGGACACUUACAAAGCUAUGGGAAAAAGUAUAUGCGGGCAUUUGCAAACUUUUGCAAUGCAGGAGUUCAUCAGGAAUGGAUGGCUCAAGCUUCAAUUCAAGUUUGUGCUAAGUGAAGUUAUUUAAUUAGCUUGAUUAACAAUAACAUCAAUGCUUUAAAAGAAAAUUUCUUGUAAAAUUCUUGCUUAGCCUACUAAUAUAUGAUGAUCUUUGUUUUUAUCUUUAUUUGUUGGAGUGUUGGAUUCUCUCUGCCUAUAGUUUAGAUUAAUUUGUUGUCCCCUUGCAUAUAGGGUUUCUCAAGCCUACACAAGUCAAAUAAAAAAAAUGAGUUCAAUAAAAAAACUAUAAAUUGGAAACAUUAAAUUUUAUGAUGGUUGAAUAAAAUAGUCUUAAGUACAAAUUGGAUGAAAAUCAAGAAAAUGAGUAGAAGUGAUAAAAACAUACUUUCUUGUAACCACUUUAAUAGUCUCAUUUGACUUUUGACAAUGUUUAUCGAUCACCCUUAAUUUGUAUUUUAUUAUUAA